AUGAGAAGCGUCCUCGCCAGGCGCGCUCUCCUGACGUCAUCUCGGAUCCCCGGAAGGGCGGCCGCUCCUGCGCUUCCCAGCGUCGCCCCUGCGGACCCUCUGCCCCGGGGAGCUCUCCCCUUCGACACCCACCAGACCCCUAAUCACACUGCUGUCUCGAGGGCUGCCGCAUUCUGGCCCUCCCGGAGAACCUAUGCCACCUCCCAGGAAUCCCCGGGAGUCCUCCCGACCGAUCUUGCCGUCGGGCUCCCCGUUGAGGGAGCGGGAGAGGAGGGAAGAGAGGAACUCGAGGAGGAGGAGGAUGCCCCCCUGAACGAGUUUUUGUCCCGCUUUGUUUCGAUGAUGAGGGAAAAGCUCUCCUCCGCGUACCCAGAGAGCAGCAGGGAGACUAUCGACGGGAUGCUCCUCGUCAUUGCGCAGAAGGUCGUCUCUGAGAUGGAGAAGGGCGGCGGAGUUCUCCCUUCCGUUGGGCCAUCUGAUCCUUCCAUCGAUCUCAGCCCCGAUCUGUGGAGGACAGUGUGGGAGGUUAGCAAGUUAGCGUUCGAGGAGACGAGGAGGACCCGCCGGAGGGAGGAGAUGAAGCAGUUCCUCCACUGCGACGACGUCAAGAAGAUGUGCCACUUCGCCUCCGAGAUUGGCAUUCGUGGCGGUAUGCUCCGAGAGCUUCGGUUCAAGUGGGCGCACGAAAAGCUGGAGGAUUUCGAUUUCUACAGAAACCUGGAGCGCAUCCGCCAAGAACAUCAUCGGGCAGAAGAGAUUGAGAAGGGCGAGAAUACGACUGCCGGUGAUGUCCUUGGCGAAGGAGACAGAUUGGAGAAACGACCUUCACUGACAGCCCUACCACAGAGACGAGGGAAGAUCAAGUAUAAUAUACAUGGUCUCGAUCUGUCAUCUCAGAAGUGGGCGGAAGUGGCGGACAAGAUCCACGACGCAGAGAAACUUAAUGCGUCUGAUGAGCCCCAGCCCAUCAUGGGGAAGUGCAAGCUGGUGACUGAGGAGAUCCUCAGUUUGAAAGAGGAAGAGGACCCAUCUCUGUUAUUGGCAAAGUGGGUUGAGCUCCUGCAGCCAAAGAGGGUGGAUUGGCUUGCUCUUCUCGACAGGAUUCAUCAACAAAAUCCCCCGGCGUAUUUCAAGGUUAGCCUCCUGAUCCUCUAACCCUAGACAUAGAUCUCCCCGAAAAAUAAAGAUUCAGGGGGGUCUGCUGAAGUUCUUGUAACCACCAUGGUUAGAGAAGAUAGCACGGUGACUGAUCAAGGUCGACUCAGCCCGAAGAAAGAUCCUUAAUGAUGGUGCUGAUCUUGCAAAGCCAUCUGGCGUUUGACUUCAUGCGAAUGGAUUACUUCCCAUUAAAUGUAUAAGAGAUAAAUAUUAGAUAAAAAUCAGGAGGAGAAAUCGUGUAUGUUGCUUGAAUUGGAUAUUUUUCAUAUGAAUCUAGUAGUUGAAAAGCGUCCCCUCUAUUUUGACAUGAAAUAUUCCUUGGUUGUUGUCCCUAGCUGGAUUCAUCUUAUAAUGGGCCAUUAAUCGGAGAAAGCAACAGGGCCAGUGCCCCCUGGUGGAGACCAUUCAAAUCCUCUAAGAAGCGAUCCUCUAAGAAGAUCAUGAAGUCUUUGACCUCACAAGCCCACAAAUAAGCAGUGCACUUUUUACUUAUUUAUUGUUGAGAUCAUUCAAAUUCUUAUGGUAGCAUUUUGUCUCCUUGGAAAUUGUCUUCUUGAAAAAAAGGUCUCUGAUUCAUUGAUUCUGUACCAGCUGCGCACUACGAGACACACUUGGUGUAUUCCUCUUUGAGCCAUUCUUUUUAGUUAUAUAACGCUGCAUUGGUUUUAUUGCGCUUGUGGGCCACUCUAUCUGCUCCAAGCAUCACCUAGGCCUUGUAUUGUUGAGAAUUUCCAAAACCGAUCUUCUCUUGCAUGGUGAUGUCAGUGGAAGGUGCCAUUUGUGGGCUCAUGUGUACUCACUGUCCAGCUACUUGUGGUUACGUUGAGGCUACUUCAAUCCAGAUUUUUCUCAACAAGCUUGCAUAUGCCAAACUUUUUUCAGAAAUUCUCUCUGUUAGCUUAAAAUACCAUGUUUAUUUAUUUCUUCCUGCAAAUUGAAUGCCUCGUGUUCUAAUCCUCAGAAGAAUCGUAAAGCACAAUGAUGGGAUAGGACUCAUAUUCUUCUCAUGCUUCAUGAAUGAUCUUGGCUAAUCAAUUUUGAUGCCCUGACAAGUGUGUAGCUUGUGGGCCCUGAUUAAGAGCAUUAUUGGCUAUGUCCUAUACAGGUUGCCGAACGAGUCUUGGACGAGGAGUCCUUUGAAACAGCGAUCGGCGAUUACUCAAAGCUGAUGGAUGCUUAUGCGAAGAUCAACAAUGUCAAAGAUGCCGAAAGGGUUCUUCAGAAGAUGACUGAGAAGGGCAUCAAUGCCGACAUCCGGGUCUGGGUCAUCUUGCUUCAAAUGUACUGCGAUGCGGGCAUUCUUGAGCGCGCAAAGGAGGCAUUCGAGAGGUUAAGGAGCCAGGGUUUCCAGGCGGACCUCAAGACCUACAGGUCUAUGAUCGUUGCCUAUGUGAAUGCGGGCCUUCCCAAGGCGGCUGAGGCCUUGAUAAGAGAAAUGGAGGCAAGGGACAUAAAGCCCACGCUGGAGAUGUACACAGUCCUCCUGCAGGCCUUUGCCCAGCGGGGGCUCGUAGAUUCCGCCCAGAGAAUGUUCAACAACAUGCAGUUUAGCGGCAUCCAGCCAGAUCUAGAAGCGUGUACGCUGCUUCUGGAAGCCUAUGGGCAUGCAGGUGAUCCUGAUCAAGCCCGACAUAGCUUUGACUUCAUACUGAAGGCGGGCCACAAGCCGGAUGACCGCUGUGUGGGGAGCAUGAUUGCUGCAUAUGAGAAGAAGAAUCUCCUGGACAAGGCCUUGGAUCUGCUUCUAACCAUGGAGAGGGACGGCUUCAAGCCUGGAAUAGCUACUUACACUGUUUUGGUGGACUGGCUGGGGAAGUUGCUCUUGGUGGACGAGGUGGAGCAGGUUUUGGAGAAGAUUUCGGAGCUGGGAGGUGCCCCCUUCCGCGUCAAUGUGAGCCUCUGCAGCAUGUAUGCGAGGGCAGGGAUCAAGGGCAAGGCCAUGAAGCUGCUCAAGAGGCUGGAGGCUGAGAAGGAGUUGCUGACUGCAGACCAGUUCGAGAUGGUCAUUGAUGGGCUCAUAGCGGGAGGAUUCCAUGAAGAUGCGAAGAGAGUCCAUGGAACAAUGCAAGUCCAAGGCUUCUCUUCUUCAGAGUCCCUCAGGAUAGCCCUCAUGGCGAGCCCCAUGGUUUCUCGCCAGAGGCCAUCCGCACCCAAGUAA